UAUAAACUUUUAACGUUGUCUCAUCCUCAUCUCCUCACAACCAAACUUUCCACUCCAACAGUCCAUCCGAGGCCUGAGACUAUUUCGGCGGGCCCACCCGCCAAACUCAUGACCGGACCCCGUAGCCCAGAAGACUAUGAACCCGAAUCCCAGGCUCGAAAGCCCGCCGGAGCCACCGCGAUGCGCCUCGUAGUGCCUCUACAGGGGGUAGUCCAAGGUAGCGGAGGUCUUAUAUUGGGCUCUCUCAUCCCCUGCGCCCUCUUCUACUUCUUCCAGCUCUACGUUAAGCGGCACCGUUCUCCCAGGUCCGACUCGAACCCAACAUUGCCGUCUCAGUCUUCGUCCAACCUCACUGAACUCCCACGCUCAUCCUCGCGGUCCAAUUUAUCGUCCCGCGGGUCAAUAGGACGCGUCCGAGUCUCGUCUAGGGCGAGCUCGAUUGCGAGACCGAACGACUCGCCAUAUUAUAUCGGGUUGGAUAAGGUUUCGGAGGACGCUUAUGACAGGUUCGAUAACCCCAAUGGGAUUAUCCAACUUGGGUUGUCGGAAAACAGACUGUGUUUUGACUUGAUUGAGAAAUGGCUUUCGGAGAACUUGAAGGAUUCAGUAAUUGGAAGUGACGGCGGUUAUUUGAGUAUUAGUGGAAUUGUAGCGUACCAACCGUUCGAUGGAUUAAUGGAGUUAAAAGGGGCAAUGGCAGGUUUCAUGUCUCAGGUAAUGGGAGGAGCAGUCUCAUUUGACCCAUCACAGAUGGUGUUGACCUGUGGUGCAACUCCUGCUCUUGAGAUGCUAUGCUUCUGCUUAGCAGACCCAGGAAAUGCAUUUCUUGUACCCACGCCUUAUUAUCCUGGUUUUGACAGGGAUAUGAGAUGGCGCACUGGAGUGGAACUAAUACCAGUUCACUGUCGAAGAACUGACAACUUCAUUAUAAGUAUCAGCGCUCUUGAUCAAGCAUUUAAUCAGGCAAGAAAACGUGGAGUAAAAGUUCGUGGGAUUCUCAUCUCUAAUCCUGCAAAUCCUGUUGGCAAUUUGCUACCUCGGGAAACACUUGACAGUCUUUUAGACUUUUCGCAAGAGAAGAACAUCCAUAUUAUAGCUGAUGAAAUAUUUGCGGGGUCUAUGCAUGGAACCGGGGAAUUUGUAAGCAUGGCUGAAGUUCUUGAUUCGAAAGAUAUUGACAAAACUAGAAUUCAUAUAGUAUAUGGUCUAUCGAAAGAUCUCUCUCUUCCCGGAUUUAGAGUUGGGGUGAUCUAUUCCUUUAAUGAUAGUGUUUUGGUUGCUGCUAAAAGGUUAACAAGGUUUUCUUCAAUUUCUGCUCCAACCCAGCGGCUGCUAACUUCAAUGCUCUCAGAUACCAGAUUCACUCGGGCAUAUAUUGAGACCAACAAAAAGAGGAUACGGGAAAUGCAUGAUUUGUUUGUGGCAGGUUUGAAAAAAUUAGGAAUCGAGUGUGCACUGAGUAGUGCUGGUUUAUAUUGUUGGGUUGAUAUGAGUGGAUUAAUUCCCUCUUAUAGUGAGAAAGGGGAACUUGAUUUAUGGGUAAAGCUGUUGAAUAUUGCUAAGAUCAAUGUAACUCCGGGGUCUGCUUGUCACUGCAUAGAACCGGGAUGGUUCCGAUGUUGUUUUACUUCUUUGUCUGAAGAGGAUAUUCCUAUAGUUAUAGAACGGAUCCGGAAAGUUGCUGAAACUUGCAAAUCUUCAAGUUGAAAUACAGCUAAUUCAGUAGUUUUCACAUUGACACCUUACAAAAGUUUAUCAGAA